AUGGAUGCAUAUGUCGCGGUUUCGCUGCCACACCUCAUCUGCGUCCCCCUUCAUCACCGCUCCGGCCCCGAGCCUUUGCGAAGUAUUACGCAGCGCAGAGGAGUUUCACUAUUGCACAAACACCGCUGGAUUGAACGGGCCCGCGGAAUAGAAUUGGUGGAAUGGUUGACAAACCUCAACACACUCACGCCGGCGGCCAUCCACCAGUCUGAACGCGGCAUUUGUGGGGCCGGCGGAGCCGGUGACGCCGACCGUCUCCACCAGUCGCAGGCCGGUGUCCGUGCCGACUCGGAAGCCGCCGACGCCCACGGCUUCGGAUCGGUAGACUUCGCAGAGUGGAAGACGACCAACGACUGGGAGCAUCUCCUGUGGGCGUGGGUGAUAGUAGACUUUGCCGACUACGGCUUGCAGUUCUUCACUGCGAACGGAACACUUUACGCCGAGAUGAGCCUCGGCGGACCCACUGGUUCCGUCGCUGGUCCUCGCUGGCUGCCAUUCGCCCCAACCAAGCAUGAGACGGCAAGGGAUCCGACGGCGGGGCGGCCGCUGGCUUCACGCAGCUAG